CAGACGAAGAGAUAGUAGUACCUACCUAGUAGCGAUUUGCUAUUGAGAAAGCCUGCUUUGACCUCGUGUCCGUUCGUCUAUACCGUCCUCCUGACUUACUACACCUUGUCGUCGUCACGUCAUGUCGAGGAACUCUACUAUGCACCUAACCGCCAGGCUCGGCGCGCUUCUCUUCUGGGCUAGCGCGCUUUCAAGUUGCUCCCUGUCGACCGCUCGGACCUUUGACUCGUCGCAAGUUCCAUUUCUCAGCGACUGCCAGGUCGCAUGGGGCAUCAGCAUGUCAGGGUGGACGGCUGGGGGCGACUGCCUGUAUGCUUCCUACCUUAAAUGCGAUGCUGCUGGCAUGAUCAUCGACUUAACAAUCGAGCAAAAAACCCUGGGAGGCCCCCUGCCCAACUCGAUCGGCGACCUCAUCAAACUGACUCGCCUGCUGCUUGUAAACAACGACCUCACUGGCUCAAUCCCUGCCUCCAUCACUCGCCUCACCAACCUCGUUGACCUAGACAUCAACGCCAACGCCUUCACUGGAAGCCUUCCCGCGUCCAUUGGCAACCUCGCUUCUCUCACCCACCUUGCGUUUCACACAACACAGCUGAGUGGCUCCAUACCGACUUCUAUAGGAAACCUCACCAACGUAGCAUACAUAGGUUUCACCAACAACCAAAUGACUGGCACCAUCCCAAGCACCAUCGGCGCCAUGACCAGCCUCCAGAUCAUCCAAUUCCUUGUCAACAGCAUCUCAGGGUCGAUUCCGAACUCCAUUAGCAGCCUCUCGCGUCUCUGGUACCUCGGGUUGACAUUGACCAAGCUCAACGGCACUCUUCCAUCCUCCCUUGGAAAGCUCCUCAACCUGCAGACUGCGUACUUGGACCGCAAUGAGCUGAGUGGGCCCAUCCUGCCAUCACUGGGCGACCUCACCAGGCUGAAGGACCUAUUUCUGAGCAGCAACCGCAUGGAGGGCUCCAUUCCAGCAUCGCUUGGCAGCCUUACCAACCUGCUAUACCUGUCAGUGUCCCCGUGUGACUAUCAAGUCAUCAACUUGCUAAUGUCAGGAAAGGAAGAGAAUUACCCAGCAAGGGCAAAGGGGGGGCUAUUUCAAACGCGCGGGUUUGUGCAAAUGCGGUUGUUUAAGAUUGGGCACUUCGGAAGGUUUUUUGUCACGACUCCUGGAAUUUAAAUUCUAUACAAGCAUGAUAACUAAACAUGUUUGACAAAGACUGCCAUAUUUUUUAGGCGCCUCAGACUCAACCGGCCUUUCCGAACCAGCUUGCCAUCGCCACAAGUUCUGAGGGCGUAUUCCCACAGGACAGUGUUCAGUACCUACCAGCAAACCCGAAAUCGAGUCUGCAACGCGAUACAGAGAGGUCCAACUGUAAGGAAUUAACAUUCCUUCAUGCGCUAAACUACAGCACGUAUAAUAGCUAGAUAUGAUUAGCUCCUACAACUACGAUAGCGUGUGCACCUCUAAGCCACUCGACUCGAUCCUUGCCUUUGGACGACCUGAAUUGGUCGUACCCCGCCCUCCCCCCGGGAACGGACAGCUGUGUCUGUUGUGAGUUUUUGCCACGUAAUUUUAGUGGCGGCGUUCAUUUCAAUUGUUUGGAGCGGCAACUGGUGUCAAACAUAACUUAGUAUGUUAUUGUAGACUAUAUAGGUUUGUGCCUUAGAGGGUACAACAUGAAAUAUUUUGCUUAGGUGUUUGCAGGAGACUAAGUAUAGAAUCUGCAACCACAAGUACUUAACCAAGGAUCUUUGCUGGAAUGGUAGACUAGUAAGACAGCGGAAGUCUUAUAAGAGUGAACCUGAGCACAUGAACUUGUGGGUAGUCAAAGGUUGAAUAACCUGAGCACAUAAUUCUGUGGAAAGUCAAGGUUAAUAAUAGAAAGGCAUUACA